GUACAUUUCCGGCGUAAACGUUUAUGAUCUGUUUCUUCUUAUUUACAUUUUAAGUUAAUUUCACUCGGUUUAUAAGUUUAAUUAAUUAUGAAAAAAUAUAUUAACAUACUUUGAUUACUAUUAUAAACGUAAAAAGCUCUAUUGGCAUCUUCCCAUUAAAUCAAUGCUGCCAACAUUCGUAUGAAAUAAAAUAAUUUCGUACGCAGUCGGUGAUAUUUACAAGUAAUAUUUUGCUACUGUUUUGACAAAUAAAAGACAAAUUAGAACAUUUUCUUUUUAUUGAAGACACAUUUGAUCGCCUUAGUGUCUAGAUAUUGAUAUAUGACUUGAUUUGAAGGAAAUGUUGUAAUAACUGUUGCACUCGGCAUCCAGUGACUACUUGACAAAAUAUGGUCGUGCGUUUUGCUUGAACAUUUUAAGUGGUGAUGUGUGAAAACACCGAAGUUAGUUAUUUGGAUGGGGAGGUGGUAUGGGUGAAGCUUGGGUCCUGCUGGUGGCCAGGCGAGGUGGUCGGCCCCGAGAAGCUGCCACCAGAUGUCCUGCCAUCAUUUCGGAAGCCACCUAUAGCUGUUGUCAAGUUCUUCCAGGAGGACACAUAUGAAUAUGUAAAAAAUGCCAGUGCGAUUUUCAAAUAUGAAUGCAGUCGCAAAAAUGAAUUCAUCAAUAAAGGAUUAUAUAUGUUUAGAACAAAAAGGGGUCAUAUGGAAAAGUUUCCGGAAGAUGUGAUCCGUGCAGAAACUGCUGUUGGAGGUGACAUAGAAAUCCUUACAAGAGAUGAGUUCCAAGAACAGAAAAAGGAAAGUUAUGCUGGCAUUUUUGGUGACCCUCAGAAGAAAACUCCUGGCUCUAAUAAAAAAGGAAGAGGCGGGCGAGGAAGAUCUGCUGAACCAAACAGGAUUUCAACUCCAUUUAGAAAGGGUAAAGAAAAAGUAGACUAUAAAGUACAUAUUCUGGUACAAGGAACAAAACCGAGUUCUGAUAAUGGAACUGCAGAACCUACCACCCCUACGCCAUCUACAAGUGCUGAUGCAGGAUCAGAUAGCAAAGACGACAUUGUACAAGAUACGGAAGAAACAGAGAAACAAGAAAAGAUUGAUGAACCUACUCCGUCAUGUUCAACUCCUACUGCUUCAACGUCAGCAGCCUCAACACCAACGUCUUCAAGCUCUGGAAUAUAUUCCUGCCAUGCAUGCCCCUUCACUACAACACGUCUCAAUGUUCUAAUACUACACAACAAAACACAUAGUGUUUCGUUUACACCGUAUACACCGUCGCCUGUUAGGAAAAAACUUACAACUAAGUUAUCAGCCAAAUCCACACCAGAUAAAAACAAAACUCCGAAGCCCCGUAAACCACGAAAAGAGAAAACCGAAAAAGAGCCCAAGAAAGCGCCACCAAGUAACAAAAAGCGUGUGGCAGAAGAAGAAACCAAUAAUACUGAAACGAAAAAAGUUAAAACUGAUCAAGAAAUAAAGAGCAGUCUUUUGGCCGACUGGGAUGAUGGCGAUGAAGAAUCUAAUGAUGAAUCUUCAAUUACUGUUAUGGCAGGAUCGCCAGAAGUGCCGGAAGCUGCAGAAUCUCCAGCUGUCCCAACAUCGGCCGAACUGUCGAGUGUGCAGCUAUUGAAUGAAUUAUCAUCACCAACUGAAAAGAAGUCAAACAGUUCACCUGCAAGUGAAAAACCAGAGUCGUCGAGUGACUCUAAAUAUGAAUUCUGUGAAGAUGAAGACUGGCCAUUAGAAGCUGAUGGGGGUAGAAAAAUACCUAGAGUUAAGAAUCCGAAACGCAAAGAAGACACAAAGAGCAUAAGUUUAGAUGACGAUGAUAUGGCAAGGGAAGUGGCAGAACUGCUUAACAAAACGACUGUGCCUGAUUUACCAUCAGCCCCAGAACCAUUAAAAGUAGAGGAAAAUUUUCCUGAGCCUUCUAUCGUAAAAUCUCCGGACAAACAUGAAAAAGUGCCUGAAAAGUCUGAAUUGCCUCAAGCUGAAACACCACCAACUAAAGCAAUUUUCAAGACGAAAACAUUUUUUCGAAGCCGACAUUCUAGAAGCCAAGAUGCAAUCGGAAAAUAUGUUGCAGAGCAACUAAAUGCUGUUGAGAAAAUGGAUAUAUCUGAAAGUGAACUUAAUGGUUCAGAAGUUGUCUCUUCACCAGAAGCUAGAGAAUCUCCUCCGAUUGAACACGUAAAAGUUGCACGCUUGGCGCCAAAAAUACAACUCAAGAAGAUGAAAGCUGAGUUACGUGAAAAGGAGAAAAAUAAUUUUGAGAAUUUCGGUGAUAUUUCUGACUUCAGACAAUACACAGAUAUGGCCGUUCCGAAUAAAACCAGUCCACCAUCAAUAACCUCACCAACGUUAAAAGAUAAAGGAAGCAGAAUCUUACAAGAUGUGUUGUAUCCAACACAAGAAAUAAAACCCGUAAAUGCUGACUUACCUGAACCGGUUAAAUCUAAUAUUCAUAGGGUUGAUAUUAUAGAGGAGGUUACGAACAAACCAGACAUAUUAGGAUUCACAACCAAAAAGCCGGAGAAUAAGGAAAUAAGAACACAUGAAAUCGAAAACAUAGAUAUUAAUAUCAAAACAAAAGUUAUAGAAGAUGUUACUAACCUGAAAGAGGCCAUCCACUACGAUGAUACAUUAAACAUAAUUAAAGCAACAAAUGAUGCACCAAACAAAAACGAAGAUAUAGUGAAUAAGAACAAAUCUGAAAUCACUGAGGAUGGAAUAAAUAGACUCGAAAAAAUAGACGAUAAUACAAAUUUGAUGAAUGAAGACUUGAUGGAGGAAGAGCUAACUAAAGAUCAGAAUAUGGAUGCGUCAUUCAAUAAAGUGGAUGAGGUAGAAUUAUCUGAACAUGUACAUGAAACAGCCACAGAAGAAGUAGUAGAUGAAAAAAUGGACGAUGAAAAUAUUAACGAACUAGUUGAUGAUCAAGUUGCACAAGUGGAAGAGAAAAAUACGAAUGCAACUCAAAAGCUCGUAGACGAAAUAGAGAAGCCCGUUCAAUCAGCGCCCAUUAUUCCUGAGAGCCCUAAGAAGUCGUACAGCGGUCCUUACAUGAAUGAAUCUACCGCGUCGGCAGUUGACGCCUUACUUAGUGUAUCGAGAGAAGCUGAUAGAGUGACGAGAGUGAUCAGUGACGACCCUCCCGAAGAUUUGUUCGAAGAUGAUAACAAAGAUAACAGUGGGCCUUCCAACGAUAACGAUUUCCUUGAUAGUGUGAAUCUAGACACUAGCGCGAACGGUGUCAAAUACGCGGAACCAGAGAAAUAUUUACAAGAAACUACAGAGAUCGCAAAUGAAAUGAAUAUUAUUACGAGUGAUGUUAAUUCAGAAGUUGUAGAAGAGACAGUAAGCAUGUCUGACGAAAACAAUGUAACUACGCUUGAUGCUAUGGACACUGUGACGACUGAUCAAAAUGAAGCUAAUAAUGAUCUGAUAGAGAAUGUUGAAACCUCAGUUAUUGAUAAUACCUCAAACAAUGUUGCUGAAAAUAUUCCGUCUGAAUCAGAUCUCCAAAUCGCAGAAACGCUUAUUAACUUGCCGUCGGCAGCCAUCCAAAGUAAAACACAUACCACUAUUCCCGCCAAAAAGUCAAAAUUAUCUAAGGAUGUUAUUCAAGAAGACCUUCCUUCGACUUAUUCGACAGAAAGUAUGGUGAUAGAAGAUAAACCCGAAGAAUCAAAUAUUGAACCAGAACCAGUAAGUCAAACAAAAUCUCUUUUAAUUUCUAACAAUGAAAACAUUAUGCGUUUUGAAACAGAACAAGAGAAAAGUGAAAAUUUGAAUGCUGCCCAAUCGCUUGUCCAGAUGUCAGAGUCGAUAGACCACAAAAUUAAUAUUGAUCAUAACUUAUCUAGUACUGUAAAUAAUAACAAGGAAUCACCAUCAGGUGAUUCUUUAUCAAAAGGUUUAUUUAAUGUUAAACAAAAUAAUAGUGUUACAGUGGAACAAAAAUUAGCUGUCAUGUCUAAUGACAAUAAAAGUGAGAAUACAAAUGGUAAAAGUACUAAAAUGGAUACUUCAUCAUCGAAACUACUGAAAAUUUUAGAGGAGCCAUGUACUCCUAAAAUUUCUACCAAUAAACCAGCGUCUACGAAAACAAUAAUAACUGGUAAAGAGAAGAUUUUGAACUUUGACGUUGCGAAGUCGUCGUUCAAGAGUAAGCCGGAAUCCCCUAAACAGAAAAUAAUAAUACGACGAACUGCGCCCAAUAAAAAUAUUAUAAACAAUAUGAGUGAAAUAACAACACCGGAAAAAAUAAUUCUGUCGCGUAGCAACAACCCCGCGCAGGAUGGCACGGUACAGACAUAUACUAUACAGACUUCAGCAGAAACACCUUCCGAUGCCAAUACUAUUAUAUUUCAACAGAAGAUAAGAAAAAUAGCAAAACCUCCAGCCAAGAUACAAAAGAUUAAGCCUUCUAACUCAUUGAUACCUCCCCUAAACGAAACGUCAAAAGUAAUAAACGACUCAACCGGUGAUGAAGCCAUGUUUGAUAUAAACUCCAUGCCCAUUGUACUGUCCGAAGAUCUGUUAACUCCUGAAAAUAUAGAAAAAAUGCCCAUUGUGAUGUCAGACGGCAACAUUAUAACGCAUACACCAAAUCCUCCCAAACUUAUGAAAACAAAGCAAACUGUAGAAAGCGAAAAAAUUUCUAUAAGUGGAACCCCUAAUAAGCCUGAAAUGAAAACUUUACUAAUGAAUCCUGUCAGCGAAGUAAAUAAAGUAAGUGUUAAUACCCCAAAUAUUCUUUCUAAAUCGUCAAAACUACGAGGGGCGAAGCCUAUGCUAGUUAUUGAUAAAACUACUGGGAAGCAGAAAAUAAUAAUGACUAAAGGCGAGAGUAGUGUUAAAGAAGUCAAACAAACGCCCACCUUGUUGCAAUCAGUACCGCAGACUACAGCGAAAUCCGAGAAGUUUAUUAUCUUACCUACGCCAAGUUCACCGCGUCCCGGGAGGACACAAAAAAUUGUGAUAGAUCCACAAACUGGAAAGGCGCAUGUUCUUGUCGCUAAGGGAUCUGAGCCACAACUAACUUCUUCCGACAACAAACCUGUGUCAGCCAAACUAAUUCCAUCGUCAACUGAUGCCAGCAGCCCCGGGAACACCGUGAUGAUCAUAACGAACGCACAAGGUGCGCAAUCUAGAAUAGUCCUUACGCCAGAGCACGAGAAGAUGCUAUUCCCAAAGAAACAACAGCCUAACGUAUCUCAGUUAAAAACCAUAACUCAUAGGAUAUCGACAAAUACAGGUGCUGCGCAGAAGACAAUAGUUACUACGAUAGCCUCAGGAAAAACCCAAAAUGUUGGCCCAGUAAAGACUCAAGCUAGAUUAGGGGCAAAACAAAAAAGUGCAAUAAUUACUUCAAAAGGACAAUUGAUAGUAGGCGGCAGAGUAACCACAACGACACAGAAUAUUGCGCCAAUGCCAGAAAUACGACCAGUCCCUAAACGGAUAAUGGCAUCGGAGCCCAGAAAACUAGUUCAGACCAUUCAAAAAACUUCUUCAGAACCACUAAUCUUUUUACAACAGAAAUCUGGUGCGGUAAUGCAACUAACGGCCGCGCAAUUUGAACAUCUACAGAGAACCGGCCAAAUUGUACAAAAGACAGCUGCGCCGCCCGUACAAGAGAACAAAGUGGUCGUUCAGAAAACAAUUACCAUCUCUCCAAACGAGGCGGGUGUGACAACCGUGCAUAAACCGAGAGUACGUAAAACAGUCACAGAAUCACCAUCACCAGUGAAAAAAAUGAAACAGGAAAUAGCCAUAGCACCCGCGCCAGCGACCUUGUCUCCUAUGCCCCCGGCUCUAACACCUUUCAGCAAUCCUAAUCCACCUAUUGUGCCAUCCGUAUCAAACACAGUGUCUGUUGCUACAACGAAUGCAUAUCCCGAAUUCGAUAACUUUGAGGAGCUUUUACCUUCGACUGCCAUCGUACGUCAGCAGCAGGAGCCCGUCGUGUCGACAGUGGCGCAGCCCGAGCCGGCCGCCGCGCCACCUGCCGCUCUCGGGGACAGCCAACUGCUAGCCGUACCAGGGGAACACUUCGGUGGUCCCGUUGGUUCGUUUUACCUUUGCAUCGAAGAUAACGGCACAUUGACUCCUGUUGACAACCGACCUCUAGUCCUAGAUAAUAAUCAGCUUGUACCGAUGCAUGCAGAACCCCUGCCCGUACUAUCGUCUCAACCUGAACGUCGAGACAUACUCGAGGCGGCGUUAGCUAACAGUGACGUUUUCCACGCGGAUACGGCUCGAGACGAUGCCCCCGAUUUUCGUGAUUUGAACGCAAAUGUGUCGGUGCACUGUCGGGUGUCUGAAACGAGUACAACCCUGAACCAGCCUAUCAUGACACCUGUGGAAGUUCCCACUAAAGGAGACAGCGAACCAGCUGUUCCAUCUAAUUUAGAGGAUGGUCUAGCAGUAAUCGGUGUAACUCCUCCAACGAUACCGACUUCAUUAGAAUUACCCAUCACUGUGACGGAUCCUAGAAUAGCGCCUGCGAAGACGACGGAUCCAUUGAGCAAUAACAAUUAUGGCACAAGUACUGCUCUCCUACCGUCACCUAGUACAGAAAUGAGUUUCGUCACUAGUGAAGAAGCAGACGUGCCUAUAGGUGGACCCAUCUCAAUGCCUUUACUUACGGAAGAAGAUUCAGUGGGCAAAUCUAUGCCGAUAUUGACAGAUGACAUAGCUGAGAGGACAGUUUCUUCAGUAGAUUCCGCUGUUGGAUCUCCGUCUUCUAUUGACGUGAGGGAGUCGGAGACGGAAGACGGAGGUCAAUGGACUCGGCGACUGCUCACUCCUGGCUCCGACACAUCGGAGGCAUCGGCGGAGAUUCCUCUGCAGCCGGCCAUACAACUAUCGGUGAGCGAACUACCUCGCCACAGUUAAGAGGCACUCGCCAUCUCUUUUCUAAUGAAAAUACUGUUUCUCAAAUCUCAGUUCAGUUGUGCCCAACAAUGCAACAUAACGCACACUCAUGAAUUAGUAUUGGACGAAAAGCAGGAUCGUUACUGUCUUAUAAAGAUUCUUUGGUUUUUUGUAUAGAACACAAUUUUUAAAUCUUAACAGCAUUUAAUAAAAUGUCGGAGGUAAUAUAAUUCCUCUCGUUUCAGUUGUAAACUUUUAUUUCAAUUAUAUUUAUGAAUUCAUUUUAUUAGAAUCAUCGUAAAAGUGACCUGCUUGUUGUACAUUUGAGGAAUGCUAUUUCGAUGUAGAGAAGAGAGCUGAGGUUUACCUCGAGACCAGUCGAACACUAACAUCACUUAUGGUUAAAGUUUGGCAGUUGUAUUUGAUGUUCUUAGAGUUUCUAUUUAUUUGUGCCUAUUUCAUAACUUUCAAUAUGUUACUAGUGCAAUAGAAUGUUUAAACUUGUUUCUAUGUUCGAUCUUGGCAUGUCAAGUCUAUAUUUUAUGUCAUAGGAAAUAAUUUUAUCUGUUGUGGAACCUUAUGACCGAGUUUAAUUAUAAAUGGUGCCGCUAUUAUCUGAGAAUGCUUGUGAGCGUUUGAAACGCAUACAGACAGUUGAUUGUAAAUAUAUCUAGAUUAUAGAAUGCAAAGCUGACGUAUCUGAACCGUGUUUGGGCUGGACUUGUCAUAUAAAACAAUUAAGUAUAAUGCAAUUACUGCAUACAAUAUUUAGGUUAAGGAUUUACGAUUGUAAAUUUAAAUUGAAUUAUGAUAUUUGUUGGAUCGUAUGUGUAAUAUAUAAAAAAGUAGUUAUAUAUUAUUUUUAUAACGUCUAGCGAGGUUGGGGCGAGAGACGCCAUCGCGGACUUGUAAAUGGAAAGUGCUGUUAAGUUAACGUGAACUAUGUUCACUCGUCAAGUAAUGUUGGAGUAUAAGAGAGAUAUGUGAGUGCGGCUGUCUACCGUCAGUUAAAGAGGAUAAAUUUCUUAUAUCAAUAAAGUAGGGUUAAUAUUAAGUACAAUAUUGUUGAAAUAAUUUUUAAACAUAAUGUCAAAAGCACUUAUUGGUUUGUUUGAGUGAUCUAAGUAAAAUCUAGAUCGGACUAUAAAAUGGAGUCUUUAGUAAUAACCUCUGUGUAGUUUUAUUAAAUAAAUUUUAAUCAAGA